GGGGCCGCCGCCGCCGGGCCGAGACAUCCGCGGAGCCGCCUCAGGUGAGCCGCGGAGAGGAGAGGAAGGGGCGGCCCACCUCGGCGGGGGGAGACAGACAGAGAGAGGGAGGCGGGGCCUGCGCGCCCCUGAAGAAGACUUCUAAGAAAAAUGAAUUGAGCUCUCUGAAGAUACGUUAAAAUUUUAUUUUUUAAGCACUUUGGAUUCUCUUUGGAUCUUUUCCCUUUAUUUUUAAAUUUCCGAUCAACUUCUUUGUGCAAUACAGAAAGUUUCUUCACUUUGCCCCUUAGCAUCUUAUAUCCUUCAGUACAUUUACACAAACUUGAAGUCUGUUUGCCUCUUAAAAAUUGUGGAAGAAGUUUUUGAAUCCUUCAUUUAAAAACUAACACUAUGGAAGGUAUUACUAGGGUCCGAAGCAAUCAAAGGAGAUCCAGAACAGCAGUGAAAAAGAGUUUUAGUGACUGUGCCUUGCCUCCUAUGAAGGUGUGGUUGCAAAGCCAAAAAGAAUUAUGCAGCAUCUCCACAGAAGAACUGGAGGAGAAGGGCCAGUUCAAUGAGGUCAUGUUUCUGUGCUUUGCUGAUGAGACAGCUGUGGCUCCUAAGGAAUUUGCAGCUGUGUCUGUGGAACUUCUGGAUCUUCUGAAAUCUCUUCACUUGUGCAAUUUAAAUGAAAAUGAAGUUAUUUUCCUAAAGGACUUGUAUAAACCGUUAGAGACUGGCGAUGUUCUCACUCAACAGCACUGCCCUUCACAAACCCUGUGUGUGAUGAGACUGGCUCCUUCCCGUCCAAGACUCAGCGCGGAUUCUCUCUUGACUUUGCUGAGCGAGUAUGCCGCUGGUAUCAGAUGUGCUGUGGAAACAUCUGCAUUGCAGAAGCACAUAUCAGACACACCACGCGCGGAGGACGAUGACACUAAUCAUUCGGUGUCUUCCAUCGAGGAUGAUUUUGUGACUGCUUUAGAGCAUUUAGAUGAAGAUGAGCCUACAAAGACAAUGAACCCUGACCAAGUUACGCCUGAGAAACUGCUCCAGGAUGCUGCUUCACAGACCCUUGUUGCUCCUCACUUAGACUCUGCUGAUCCCAGGAUAGUUAUUAAGCCAUCUUGCAAAGCCUCAGCUCUUCUCGUUAACAUCUUGGAACUUCAAGGGCUGUCACCCUCUGUAAGACGUUCAGUCACAACUUCUGCUUCUGAUCCUGGGCUACAGAUGGCUUUUUCCAGGUCCCAUGAUUCUUCUGAUCCAGGUGUUAACCUCUUCCCUAAAACAUUGUUUUCUUCCUCUCCGGAUGACUCCUCAGAGUCAGAAUGCUCCAGCCCGAGCCCAGUUAUUUUCUUAGAUGAAGAAGGGUAUCAAAGAAGCCUCAAGGCGAAACUUCAGCUGCCAAAGAUCCCCGUAAUGAAGGACGAUGUUGAAGACUCAGACUCUGAAGUGAGUGAAUUUUUUGAUAGCUUUGACCAGUUUGAUGAGCAAGAGCAAACUUUGCAGAGUGGCUGUAAAUUGUCUGAGGAGCCCACUGUGGGGCACAUAGCCCAAGAGAAAACACUUUCAUGUAAAACAUCAAGCUCCGCAACCACUGCAGUGAAUCUCCAGAAGUUCAAAUCUGAUCGUCCCGUUCUGCCCGCCAAUGUCAAGAAGCCAACGCCCCGCAAACUGGAGUCUUUGUACGGUCAGAAUCUUCUGGAUGUCCCAGAGUCCCCUCGUCCAUUGCAAAUGUCAGGAGAGGAUAGUGGAGGUUUGUUCAGCCCAAUCAGGUCAUCGGCCUUCAGUCCGUUAAGCAACGGCUUUUCAUCGGAGUGCCUGUGUCAGCUGGGCAGCGAUAGAGACACCGUCAGCCAAAACCACAAUCUCUUUUGCCGUACAUAUUCAGACUUUGCAAAUACGGUUUCCUUUGAAAUUCUAGGUUCUGUCUUGAAUUCUCGUACUUCGCCAUUGCGUAGAUACUCUCGAGAGCUUUCCAACCGUAACAGAACUGUCUCACAAGAAGAAAAAUUUCCUGUUGUGGAGAUCAAAGGGGAUAGCACUAAAAAAGAGGUAGAUAAGAAAAGCAGAUCUAAACAGAAAGCGCUAGUGAUUAAAAACCACAUCCAGAAAUUUGCAUCAGAACUUGUGGAGAAGAGUUUUGGCCAUGCUUUUAAAGACCUCCAAAAGGGUGUUUCUUCGUGUACGAGUGUCCUCUGUCACCUGGCAGCCAAGCUGACUUCUUCAGCCUUUCAGAUGGCUUUUUAUGAGAUCAGACGGCAGCGAGCCUUUUCCCUGAAGCAGAAGGCCAUUGGUGGGCUAGCUGGGUUUUUGGUGAGCAAAGCAGUAACAGGUGCUUUAAAAGAACUCCACUCCAUGAAGCAACAAAUGUUUACCAACACCGUUGCAAAAUUUGCAGCUGACCUUGCAGAGGAGCUCAUUUUUGAAGGGAUCAUGGAAGUGUGCCAGUUUUCUCAUCCCUCCACACCAGCUGCUUCUCAGAACGGGUCUUUCCACUAUGACGAUAAAGUUGUACGGUCCUAUGCUGAAGACUUAUCUGAUUCAGUUAUUCAGGAAGCUUUCAUUGAGUUAUCUCAGGUUGAUGUGACCUUUACAACUCAAGCAGCAAUUAGUGUUUCCAUGAACAACAUAAAAUAUGUCAGCGCUGAAAGUAUUCUGGAAUCCACACAGGCCUCCAGUGCUUCCUCAGACUUUCCUGAUAAAGUGCCAGUAACCUUGAAUCCAGUACAGGAAUCCAGAAAGGAAUAUACCAUCCAUACAGCCUUGUUCUACACUUCUGGCAUUGCCAGUUCCGUUCCAGUGCCCUUAGCUGGAAGUGCACUUUGUCAAAACCAGAUCUUAACUGAUAACGCAAAGAUGAAGAACCGUUCAACAGCAGAUGGCCAUGGGAAAAUGUGGAAAGACUCUGCAGAAUUGAAUUACGCGACACGGAAGAGACAAGAGGAAGUAACAUCCUUAAGAAGUAUUUACCUGACGUCAGGUAAUGGUCCAGGAAGUGGAUGCAAUACUCACAUUUUAUGUAAGCAAGGUGACUGCAAACAAGCAAAUAAUUCUGAAAUCCGUAACAUUUCUCACUUAAGUGGGAUGCCAGCCGUCAGUAAUUUUUCUGGAACAAUGGUGGAUAUGAUAGUAACCGAGGCUUACGAAGCAGUAACUUCUUCAAAGGUUUCUAAAAUAUCAGAGCAUUAUACAGAUAUCUUAAGAACCGAGAAGAUGCCAUAUUUGCAGUGCAUUGGUGAAGACACGUGCAGAAAUGUAUUUGCUAAUUACUUGGCCAAGCAGCCGGUAAAACAGUCUGUAGAUGAAACCAAGUCUCCAUGUUCUGCUACAAGUGAGAAACUAGCAUACUGUGUAGGAUUAGGAAGUAAUAAAGAAAACAAUAAGGCAGAAUUGCAUAGCACAACAAGUCAACCUGGAAAAAAGAACAGUGCUCUAGUAAUUGUGGGACAGCAGCAGAUGCCCCUAAACAGCUUGUCUAAAUUUCAUGUAACUCCAGAUUACUGCAGUAGGCGUUUGCUUUCCGGGGGUAAGGACUGCUUUCAAGAAAGGAAGUGGCAAGUUGGGUGCCGAUUUUCAACAUGCGCGAGCCCUUUUUGUUCUGGGCCUUCUGUAAAGUGUGCUGAUGAGUUUCCAGAGACCGAAAAAUGUUCAGCAAAACCUUCAAGUGACCCACUGGAAACACAUGAUAUGCUCAAAACUGCAGGCUGUUCCGUAUCCGGUCAGGAACGAACGUCUACCCUUGCUUCUGUGGUUCCUAACUGCGAUGAUGCAUUUCAUAUGGAACACAGAUCAAGCAUGAGAGAGGGAGCUCUGUGUGUGGUCCCGGACACACCACCCCCAACACCUUCAACCCCCUCGCAGGCUAGUUCUGAGUGGAACGUAAGGAACUUAACAAAACAGCUAAAAGGUGAACUAGCAAAGCAGUUUGCUCCUGCUACCCCUCCUCCCACACCUUACAGAUCAGAAGUGGAGGGGCCCUAUGAAAAUGAACAUUCUUUCUUAGAAAAAGAAGAGUUCAUGCUAAAACUGAUGCGGUCUCUUUCCGAGGAAGUUGAAAGCGGUGAAGAUGAGUCUACUGUCGCGCUGGCUGAAAAGGUUAAAGCCUCAAUAAGGACACUGGCAUAUGCAGAUCAUCUGGCCACGUGUAUCAUUUCCAUGGCCACUGAAAUGGCUGCUUCCCAUUUAGAGAAUGAAAACGCUGAAGCAAAAAAUAAACUUAAGCUACAACCUGGGUUUGCUGCAUGCACGAACGUUCCAGAAAAAAAUGGACAUUCCUUGUGGAUUUAUGCCAGCGAUGUGGCUGGCAAGGUUGUUAGUGAAGCAAAGAAAAUAGCACAGUCCAGCCACUGCAAACGUUUGAGGCUGAAGCAAGUGAAUCGCCAGGCUGACCAUCUUAAGAGAACCUGUAACGAAUGUCGGUCAAAAGGCAAGAAGUUUCUCUUGGCAGACCAGCGGUCGAAAGACACUGAUUUUUCAGUACUUUCUUUACCCCUGAGUUCAGAGGCUCCUGGACUGACCACCAAAUUUCCCAGCUGCGAAAGUGUAACAGAUGAGUAUGCAGAUCACAUUAUUCGGAUGCUGAAACGAGAAGGUGGUCAUGGUGACCUAAUAAUGGAGCAGUUUGCCAGUAGACUUGUUUACAGAUCUAUAAAAUCUGGAAUGCAGCAAGCUGCGUGCAAACUCAAAAUGAAAUGUAAUAGAAAAGUCGCUCCUGAUCAGAAUUUGCGGUUCAACAGUCCACUUGAUCCGUUUGAGCUAGCAAACAAGGAAGCAAAGAAACAGAAAAGAAAAAGUAUGCAUCGUUUUGGGAAACUGGCUUCUGAAAGCAAAUACAGCAUAGGGAGAGCGGAAUAUCCAAAGUUAUUAAAUUUCUCUGAAUCCCUUGCCAGUAGCAUAACCUCUGACGUCAGAAGAAAAUUUAAAAUGUCACCUGCUUGCUUGCCGAAAUCCUUAACUGAUUCUUGUUUGUAUAAAAAAUCCCAGGCCAGCGCAGUCACAGGUGAUCUCAAGACGCUCUCUCAAACCCCGUCUCCUGACAGUUGCAAACAAAAACUGUAUCGUAGCACAGGCAGCUUAAAUGAAUGUGCUUACAGAGACAGCAUUGUUAACGCCAUAGAACAAUAUGCCAGGAAGAUAGUCGAUGACACUUUAGAAGUAAGCUUGGAAUCUGCUGCUGUCCAAACUACCGGGCACUGGACUAAUGGAGAGAGAUCAACGUAUGCAGAAAAGCUGUCUCCGUUUUCUGCAACUGCUUGCAGGUACUGCUGUAUGAAGGAGCACCAGAACUGCCCUGGAAGCCCAUCUUUGCACCUCCUUGGACAAGAGCUUCAUUCCAGAAGUGGACAGAUUUCAAACUUGAGACUAAGUGGCGGUUGUCAAAAAUCUCACGUUCUUCACCUUGAUAUUCCGAAAAUUCAUAUUAAUAUGGAUGAGAAGGUAGCGUUUGCCGAAAACAUGAUUGCUGCCGGUUUUGACAAAGCAGAGAGGCAGCUGAGCAACACAAGUCUGGCAGCUGACAGUGGAAUCGGCCAGGAUGGAAUCAGCUUUGCAGAAAGUCUUACUACAGAAAUCAUAACUUCCUGUAUGACAAACAUCGGUCAGGCUGUCAACAUAAGCUCUGCGGGAGAAGAGGGCUUCCGUUCUGCAGAAUCGGUAAUCAGCCAGCAAAUGAGUCUCAGCACCGGCGACGACAGCACUGGCAGCUGGUCCAACCUGAGCUUUGAAGAUGAGCAGCCCGAGGAGAACAGCAGUUUUCUCCACCUCAGCGAGAGUCUUGGUAACAGCAGUAGCUGGAGCAGUCUUGGUUUAGAAGGAGAUAUGUAUGAGGAGAAUUUAUCCUUUCCAACAUCAGACAGUGACGGAACAGAAGAUAAAGAAGAAGAGCUGAAGAAUACCAUUCUAGUCUUGGGACGCAAAGAGAAGUCCCUGGUGAUCCUCAAUGUUGACCUGGAGCCCUGCCUGGUGGAUUCCCAGCUGAGGAUGACGCUGCAGUGGCUUUCUGCUUCCCAGGCAGAGGUGGCGGAGCUCCGUUUCCACGACGCUGUUCCGAAGGAGUUUGUUCUUCUUUCGAAGAGAUUGCGCGAGAGAGGCUGGAAAGUGGGCGACCUCUUCCAAGCCGUGCAGAAGUACUGUGAAGGAGCCCUGGAAAAGGCUGCAGGUGGGGAGACGGCUCUGGGAAGCCAGACGCUCUUUGGAUGGCUUCAGGGCUGCAUCUGAACACCCAAAGAGAUGCCGUUCUCAUUUGGCACAUUUCUGUUUCUGAAGGAUAUGAAAAUGUAUAAUGCUUUCCCCCUCGUGAAUGUGCUGCUGU